AUGAACCAUUCUAUAGAGUAUUAUAAUAAAUAAUAGCAAAAGUUAUAUGAAUAUAUGGUUAAUUUAACUUAAAAUGUGACUGGAGUUGAGAAAAUAGUAAGUUUAAUAUGUAAUAAAAGUUUACAGAUUUAAUAAGAUGUUUGCAUGGAUUUAGUUAGGAAAUUAAAAUUGUGGGUGAAAAAUUUCAUAAUCAAAUUAGUUAUGGGAAUGAACCUGAUAUUUUAGUUUGUUUAUAUUCAUAAGUGAGUAAUUACUUAUUAAGAUUAUCACAAAAUUGGGAAUCAAUAACUCAUAAAAUAAAAAGUGAAAUAGCUGAGCCAUAUACUUAAUUUGUAUUAAAUUUUAGAUAGACAAAUAGAAAUUUGAAUGCUGAAUCAAAAAAGUAAGUGACAGAUGUUUUGGAAAUUAGAAAAGAAAUGUGUAAAGCAUAAGAUGAAUAUUGGAAAAUAAUGAAGCAAUUUGAAUAAAAAAAUUAACAAGCAUAAGAAAUGAUAGAUUUAAUAGAGAAAAAGAGCGCUACAAAAGAGGAUUUUUAGAAAUAAUUUUAAAAUUCUUUAAAAUUGAAGGAAUUAGCUGAUGAAUCAGAAAAAGAUUAUAAAAAAUUGAUAGCAAUAACUAAUGAAAAAUGGAUACUAUUUCAUUAAGAAUGGGAUAAUAUCUUUGCAAAUGUUGGUUUGAAUGAAUAGAGUAGGUAUUCAAUUUAUAUAUUAUAUAGAAUUAUGUUUACAAAACAGACAGUUAGUUCAUUAUUGAAAUUAUUGCCUUUUGAUUAGGAUUUAUCUUAAUUGGAAGAAAAGAUAACAGAUUUGGAAAUAAAAUUAAAAGAAGAUCCAAAGAUACCAAUACUUAAAUUGAUAGAAAAAAAAAUGGAAAUCAAAGAUAAUAAGCAUUAAGUAAUAUAUAAUUAGUAUUUAAGUUCUAAUUGGAAGAAUUCAUUAGUUAUGAAUAGUGGAAGAAGAUUAAUAUAAAUUUAGAACAUAAUAAUACAAUUUAAUAAAUCUAAAAUUAAUGGUAAAUUGUAGGAGACAGAAUAUUAGAUGAUGAGAAAAAAGUAGUAGACUAGUAUCUUAUUACAUUAUUCAACAUUGAUACUUCUGAUAAAAGUGAAUUACUGAUUAAAAUUAAGUAAAUUUUAUAGAAGUAAGCAGGAAGAAAUUAUUUUAUUAAUUAAUUAAUUAAAUUACAUUCUAAAUCGAUUGAUCAAAAAUAAUCAUGUAAUUGAUUAAAAUAAAUUAGCAUUUUAUUUAACUUUAUCAAAUGAGUAAUUUUAGGAGUUUACAUAAUUGAUAAGAUAUUGGUUAAAUUAUAUAGAUUUGAAUGAUAUUUAUGAAUAAGAAGAAAUUUAUGAUUUAUUAUUAAAAUCAAUAAGAAUAAUACGUAAGGAUGGAAAGGAGAGAAUAAAUCUUGCAUCUUAAUUAUCAGAUAUAACACUUUGGAAGAAUAUAGAUAAAUGGAUUUUACUAUUUUAAUAUAUUAAAGCAAAGAAAGUAGAUGAAAAACGAAAAUAAGUUGAAUUAUUAAAAUAACAAAAUUAAAAUAAUAGAGUUUAUAAAGGUUUUAAAAUAAUUGGUUCAAUUUUCAAAAAUUAAAAUACAGCUAACUAAUCUUAAUUUGAGUUAAAUGAAAGUGAAAUAUGUUAUAUGAUAAUGGAGGAAAUUAACUUAUUUUUAACUUCAUUAAAAUUGUCAUCAGAUUUAACAACUGAAAUCAUAAUACAAAUAGCAUUUUAACAAUCGAGUUUUGAUAAAGAGCAUGUUAAAAAAUUAUUGGAGAAGUAAGAAGAUCUUCAUAAUACCUAAUGGAAGAAAUUAUUUAAAUCAGGAAAAAUUGUAUUGACAUAUAAAUCUGAAAAGUAUGAAAGAAAAAAUAUGUAUGAAUAUUCAAAUAAAGUUAUUAAAGCAUGUGGUGCAUCAAUGAAGUAAAUUAUUAUAUGAAUAUUAGAUAUUUAACAAUUAAUGAUAAACCAUGGUAAUUGCUCUUAAUAAAUAGUCAAUUUAAUAUUCAUUUAAAACACAAGCUUAAAAAGUUUUAUUUGGCUAAUGGUUAGAUCUUUACUUGUGAUUAAACUCAUUAAUUAAGAUUAUAAUUCAUAACCUAAGCUUUAAAAUUAAAAUAAAUGAAAAUGGAUUAUGUUGAGAUGAAAACUAAAGUUGGAUUAGAAAUGGAUAUUAAUUAAUUAUAUGAAGAAACUAUUAAGUUAGAUGUAUAAAGAAGUCUGCAUCUUCACAAAGAUAAAAUUAAUUCUUCUGUGCUAUAAAGUUUAUUGAGAAUAUAUGCAUUCUAUAAUCAAGAAGUUGGAUAUUGUUAAGGCAUGAAUUAUAUUGCAGGAUAUUUAUAUUUAAUUUUUUAGGAUUAAGAAACUGCAUAUAAAGCUUUUGAUAGAAUGAUGAAUCUCUAUUUUAAAGAUCUUUAUUUAAAUGAUUUCUCAAAUCUUGUAAAUAUUUCUUUAUUUAUAAUAGAAAAUUGGUUUUUAUUAAUUCGAUAGAUUACUUCAAAUAUUUUUGCCUGAAUUGUCUCAACACCUUAAAGAUCAAAAAAUAGAUUCAUGCUAUUAUGUUGCUUCUUGGUUUAUAACAUUAUAUUCUAAUGUUUUUUAGUAUUGUUAAAAAUCUGCAUUAUUAAAUAUUAUCUGGGAUAUAUUUUUGGCAGAGGAAUGGAAAGGUAUUUAUCUUUGUCUAUUUAAAUAGGAUUUUUCAAGGCUACUUUCUAUAUCCUUUAACUUUUACAACAAUAAAUAUUAAAUUAAGAAUUUGAUGAAAUUCUACAUUUUCUUGGAUUGCUUAUAAGAAGUGAAAUUUUUAGUAUAGACAAUGAAAAAGAAUUGAUUAAAUAUAUUUAAAAUUAUGAUAAAACUAUCAAAGAAAAUGAAUCAAUAAAGACAACUAUUUUAAAUAAGUACAGAAUUACUAAUAGAAUGUUAAGAAGUUUAGAUUAAGAAUAUCGCAGCUUUCAAAUGAAGUUGAAUAAAAAAUUAAGUUUAUGUUUGAAUAAAUGA